UGCGGUGCACCCUUUCAAGUCCUUUUUUCCCCCUCCGAGCGCAGGCGCUCUUCCUGUAGUCUCGUCGCCCGCUACUUCUGGAGUAUUAUAUAGUGCGCAUGCGCGUCGUCUGUUUCUUCACCUCUCCCCCUCCCCCCCUUCCCCUUCACGAAGCCGGCUUCGGGGCGAGUUUACUCCAGUGCGGAGGAUAUUGGACGCUGGAUUCGGGAGACACCCUCCCCACUCCCGAAAAUCAUGUACCAGCCAAGCCGGGGAGCGGCCCGGAGGCUCCGCCGCUGCCUCCGCGCCUACCAGGCCAGGCCUCAGGACCAAUACCCUCCUCAGGCCCCACCAUUCCUACCCUUGUGGCUUACCUCGCCAACAGUUACUUCUCCCUCAGCGUCUCCACAUCUCCGGCUCCCUCCUCUCUCACUCCCUUCCAGCCAAUUCUUCCCUCAAGUUCCCCAACAGCCCCUUCCUCAGUCCCAGACCUUCAUAUCACCCCGGGAGGGUCUUCCCUCUGGGAAGGGGGAGGAUGGACCAGGGCCAGGGUUGCAUGGGGGCUGCCUAGAUGGGCUUAGAAGCCUGUUUGAGGAAUUACCUUGCCCCCACCCUGGGGCUCUGAUCCCAUUCCGGGCCCCUGGAAGUCCUCACCCUGCUCCUGCCACCCCAUCAGGGAACCCCAGCAUGGAGGAACAUCUAGCUGUCAUGCAUGAGAAACUGAGGCAGGAGCUUCCCAACCUGUUUCUUCGCUCUCAUGAUUACAACCUCUACUCAUCUGAUGUGGAAUUCAUCAAUGAGAUCCUGAACAUUCGAACCAAAGGCCGCACGUGGUACAUUCUAUCACUGACUCUCUGCCGAUUCUUGGCCUGGAAUUAUUUUGCUCAGCUGCAGCUGGAGGUCCUGAGGUUGAGCCAACACCCUGAAGACUGGACGCUGCAGGCACGUUGGCGGCUUGUGGGUUUGCCUACCCAUCUCCUCUUCCUGCGCUUCUACCGCCGGGAUAAGGAUGAGCUUUACCGGACAUAUGAUGCCUAUUCUACUUUCUACCUAAAUUCUGAAGGCCUCAUUUAUCGUCAUCGCCUGGAUAAACUGAUGCCCUCACAUUCACCUCCAAUGCCUGUCAAGAAGCUGCUGGUGGGAGCCCUAGGAGCCCUAGGCUUGGUAGAGCCAGAGGCAGAAGCUAGCUUACAUCUGUGUCCUAAACCCUGAAUAAGGAUGAGGGAAACUUGGGCAUAGGUGUAUGUUUGUUCUGGGGGAGCUGCAGGCUGCACUGAGCACAUUAUUAUGCACAGGGGGAUGGGAUUGAGGUGAGUGGGGAGGCUAUAGCAGGCCUAAUCUCCUCAUCUGUCAUGCCUCCCCAUCUUUUCUUUCUUUCCUACCCAGUUUCCAUCUCAUGCUGUAUAACUUAACUUGUACAUAUUAAAACUAAGUGAGGAUGUAAGAACCUUUAAUGUAAUUCCUCUGCAUGUCUGAACCAUGUUAUCUAGUGGUCCCCAUAUAAAAAUUCUCAGCUUCCCAAAAUAUCUUUAAUAAAUAGGAAUCAUUAAAACAA